AUCAUCCGCCUUUUCGCCGCCCUGCUGCCAUUGAAGAAGUACAGACCCGGACCUUCUGUUUCUUUCUCCCUCUUUCAAUUUUUUUUUUUAUCUCAUCUGCAGAAAUAUUCGAUUACGGCGGAUACGUAUUUUUAAUUUGAUUUUUUUUUUUGUGGAGCGGGGGUUUGUUUAUCUUCUAGUGAUUCCCCAUUUUUUCUCCCAAAUCUCGAUUGGCGUAUUUUGAUCUGAAGGCUGAGGUUGCUCCGUUUCAACUUUCACCCCCCAAUCGUGUGGCUCGGGAUCGCUUGUCAGUGGCUCGUCUACGUGAUGCAAAAUCUUGAAAAUCUGAAAUUCUAGGUUAUGGAACUUAAUGGUCAUCGAAGAGGCAGAAGGAAGGAUCUUGUUUCUUAUCAAAACGGUGACUUGAGCGCAUCAAGUAGUGAAGAUGAGCAUGAUCCGUGGAUUGCCUGGGCAUACAAACCUCACACCAUUACAUUAUUACUAAUCGGUGCAUGCUUUCUUGUAUGGGCAAGUGGAGCACUCGAUCCUGAACGUAGUUCAGAAAUUGAUUUUGUUACUUCUGUGAGAAGGGGUGUAUGGGCAAUGACUGCAGUCUUUCUUGCUUAUUGCGUGUUACAAGCUCCUUCUACGGUACUUAUCCGGCCGCAUCCUGCAAUUUGGCGCCUUGUUCAUGGAAUGGCUGUCAUUUACCUUGUUGCAUUAACAUUUUUGCUUUUCCAGAAGCGUGAUAAUGCACAGCAAUUUAUGAGGUUUCUGCAUCCCGAUCUUGGAGUUGAACUCCCUGAAAGAUCAUACGGUUCCGAUUGUCGAAUUUACGUCCCUGAAAAUCCCACAAGCAGGUUUAAGAAUGUUUAUGAGACACUUUUUGAUGAGUUUGUUCUGGCACAUAUUCUUGGAUGGUGGGGUAAAGCUAUAAUGAUUCGUAACCAGCCACUCUUAUGGGUGCUUUCUAUCGGAUUUGAAUUAAUGGAGCUAACUUUUCGCCACAUGUUGCCAAAUUUCAACGAGUGCUGGUGGGAUAGCAUCGUUCUUGAUGUACUAAUCUGCAAUUGGUUCGGUAUAUGGGCAGGAAUGUGUACUGUUCGGUAUUUUGAUGGUAAAACGUACGAGUGGGUCGGUAUUAGCCGCCAGCCUAACAUAAUGGGAAAAGUGAAACGAACGCUGGGGCAAUUUACACCUGCCAGGUGGGAUAAAGACGAAUGGCAUCCUUUUCUAGGGCCGUUUCGAUUUAUACAAGUUCUCAGUCUUUGCAUAAUUUUCUUGACUGUGGAGCUGAAUACAUUCUUUCUCAAAUUUUGCCUUUGGAUUCCUCCCCGAAACCCACUCAUAGUAUAUAGGUUGGUUUUGUGGUGGCUUAUCGCAAUACCUACUAUACGAGAGUACAACUCUUACUUGCAAGACAGAAAACCGGUGAAAAAGGUGGGAUCGUUUUGCUGGCUUUCACUUGCUAUCUGCAUUGUAGAACUCCUCAUCUGUGUCAAGUUUGGACAUGGAUUAUUCCCUAAUGCGAUGCCGAGGUGGUUGGUUAUAUUUUGGACAUCUGUCGGAAUCGGACUUUUGAUAUUCUUGUGUGGAUGGUCAUGGCAACUGCAUAGAACAAUCAAGAGGAAGUGGCGAUAGAUUCUUUCUUUUUCUUUUCUUUUUUAAAUUUUUUAUUUAAUUUUUUCGUCGUGGUUAUUUAUGUUUCUCGUUUCUUUGGGUAAUUAACUUGUUGUAAAUACCCAGCACCACAUUUGUAAUUUGUAAAUGUUUUAUCUUUUUAGGUUAUAUCUCACAAUUAAUUUUUCUA